UUUCAAAAUAGAGAGAGACCUUGCUGUUAUUUAGCGAAUAUACUUGAUUUUUUCUUUCUCUUCUGUAAUCUCGCUUUCUCUCCACCUGAAUCACACGAAGAAGCAGAGAGAGAAAAAAAACAGAGACACUUUCUUCGCUGAAAAGAAAAAUCAAAUCAGCUCAUCCCAAAACGUUUUCCAUCAAUGUCUUCUCGCCGGAGAGUUCUCCUGAAGGUUAUCAUUCUCGGAGAUAGCGGGGUUGGGAAAACUUCGUUAAUGAAUCAGUUUGUGAAUCGUAAAUUUAGUAAUCAGUAUAAAGCAACGAUUGGAGCUGAUUUCUUGACUAAAGAGGUUCAAAUUGAUGACAGGAUUUUCACUUUACAGAUUUGGGAUACUGCUGGGCAAGAAAGAUUCCAAAGUUUGGGAGUAGCUUUUUACCGAGGAGCGGAUUGUUGUGUUCUUGUGUACGAUGUCAAUGUUAUGAAAUCUUUUGAUAAUCUUAAUAACUGGAGGGAAGAGUUCUUGAUUCAGGCCAGUCCAUCAGAUCCUGAAAACUUCCCGUUUGUCGUAUUGGGGAACAAGACCGAUGUUGAUGGUGGCAAAAGCCGAGUGGUCUCUGAGAAGAAAGCAAAAGCUUGGUGUGCGUCUAAAGGAAACAUUCCUUACUUUGAGACUUCCGCAAAAGAAGGAUUCAAUGUUGAUGCGGCUUUUGAAUGCAUAACCAAAAAUGCAUUCAAGAAUGAACCUGAAGAAGAACCGUACAUGCCCGACACCAUUGAUGUUGCAGGGGGUCACCAACAAAGAUCAACAGGGUGUGAAUGCUAAUCAAGGAGAAGUUUAUUGCAGAGGGUACCAAUAUUUUGUUUUGUUUGGCAAAUUUGAUUUUUUGUACCAUAUAAUAUUAAAACUUGCAGAAAUGUAAUUUCAGUUCAUUGAAAUACAGAUUCUAACGAAUUCGGUUCCUUUUCUUUCGGUUCCACAACGAUAUCAAAAUCACAAUCAUGUAAUGUCACAAAAAUGGUCAUUUAUAUAAAUCUCUCUCUGUUUCU